ACUUAAUAAUUUAGAGAAGUCAGUCUGUUAGUGCUACUUCAGUGCUAUCAAACCGUCGCUAUAUUGAUUCUUGGACGGAUUUGUUAGAGUGCGUCGGUGAUUCCUGAUAUCCACUGAGUGUUCUGGAACGUUGACUGUGUUAUUAAUUGUCGUCAUGGGGCGUGCAGAAGCAGAUAGUGAGAAAGAAAAGGGUAAUGACGCUUAUAAAAAAAAGGACUUCGAAGCUGCGAUCACACAUUACGACAAUGCAAUAAAACUUGACCCAACGUGCAUAACGUACUACACAAACAAAGCUGCAGUGUAUUACGAGAAAGGUGAAUAUGAUAAGUGCGUGGAGAUAUGUGAAGAGGCUGUUGAGAUAGGCAGAGAAAACAGAGCCGACUUUAAAUUGAUAGCCAAAGCAUUCGCGCGUGCUGCUCAUGCUUGUGAGAAAAAAGAGGAUUAUCCUAAUGCAAAAAAAUAUUACGACAAGUCACUGUCCGAAUCUAAGCAACCAGAUGUUGAGAAGAGUGCUCGAGCUUUAGAAAAUCGUAUGAAGGAAAUGGAAAGGUUAGCAUAUAUUAACCCAGAGAUGUCAGAAAUGGAGAAAGUCAAGGGAAACGAAUGUUAUCAGAAGGGUGAUUACCCAGCUGCCAUAAAACAUUACACUGAGGCUAUAAAGAGAAAUCCAUCUGACGCAAAACUGUAUAGUAAUCGUGCAGCAUGUUACACAAAGUUAAUGGAGUUUCCUUUAGCGGUUAGUGAUUGUAAUAAGUGCAUCGAGGCAGAUCCGAAAUUUAUCAAAGGUUACCUGAGGAAAGGAGCAGCAUGCAAUGCUAUGAAAGAUUUUACUCAAGCAAGGAAGGCUUUUCGGAAAGCUCUAGAGCUAGAUCCAGAUUGUUCGGAAGCUAGAGAAGGUCUCAGUCAAUCAUAUACAAAUGAUGACGAUCCAGAAGCUGCUCGCAAGCGUGCUAUGAACGAUCCUGAAAUAGCUUCCAUCUUGUCCGAUCCAGCCAUGCGCCUUAUUCUAGAUCAGAUGUCAGAUCCUACUGCACUUCGUGCACACCUUAAUAACCCAGAGAUAGCAUCCAAACUAAUGAAGCUCAUCGAUGCCGGCUUAAUUUCAUUUCGGUGAACUUUCCUUAUGAUAGUUCUGUUUUCAAGAAAUUAAUUCACGAACACUUUUAACUCUUGUUACUAUUCGAAUGUCCUUAAAGAAUGCAAAAGUCGAAUAUUCAAAUACUUUUACUUUUAUCAGCCAUCAACUUCAGGAAAACAAUUAGUUCAGAACCAAUACUUUCUGCUUGCGGGAAUUCUGAUUCAUGUACAUUUAUACAAACAAUAAGUCUUGAAAAUACAGGCGAGUAAAGUACUAGUAUUGUUCUAAAUUCUAAUAAUUUUGAGGGAAUGAGAUCAAUGAAUUGCAAUCUUUAUUAAGUGAAAUAAUCGUUAGGCUUCGAAAGCAUUGAACCAAAAUAAUUGUUAAAGAGAGCAGAAAUUAAGAUUGAUGCAAAAUAUUAAUUAUUCAUUUUAUUUCGCUAAGUCCUCAUCAGCUUACGAGCUAUCAAACCAAUUAUUACGGAUAUAUACGAAAGAGGUUAGGGAUGACUGUAUCAUGACAUCUAUCAGCUAAACUGUUUGUCUUGUCCAAAACAUGAUGUUCUAUAACACAAUCGAAGAUCGGCAGGUAUCCUUUUUCAUAUUACUACCAAUUGCGGUUUUUACAAAUUCAUAUGUAUUCGCAAAAGCAGAUACAUUGGUAGAACAGAAUGAGGAGCCUACGUCCUCUUCAAAGGACAAAUCCCAAAAAGUCAAAGUGGAUUAAAAGUAUUCAGCAGUGCCAUCUCAAAACAUCUUGACACACGACAUCAAGCGGAUGCACUGGAGUUUCUCAAGGUGACUGGUAAACAAUGGAACUCCGAUCUUAGAUUUCCCGAGAAUAUAGCGAUAAAACACCUGAAACGUGAUUUAUGUAACCUAAAAGGAACUAAGUCUUUCUUUGCCCUGGUAACAUAACAUCCUUUUUAUUGCAUCAUUCAUUUUUUCUACUGUUCCCAAAGUUUGGAUUAUAUCAUUGUGAUUUUUUAAGUUUAUAACUGACUGGUUUCAACUCACAUCUUUAUUACCAUUAGUCCGUUUUCAGUCACUUCAUUAUACAAUCAUCUCAUGUUUGUUAACUCUAAGUUCUAAUCACUGAUCCAAUGUUCUGGCACUUCCCCUCUCAAGUUUUAUUUUUGUGACCUUAUCAACUCCUAUCUUCGCUAUGUCAUGACACACAUACUCCUCUCUGACCUCUUUCGUAUUAAUAAAGUAUGUCAAUAUUUGUGAUAACUUUGACUUCGAAGUAUUAUUGGUGUUAAGUAGCUGAUGAGGGCCUAACAAAGUAAGAUGGUCUGCAGCAAUCUCUGUCUUAUCUCUUUAAGAUAAGAUAAUAGAGGGAGUUAUAUGUAUCAAAGUAAACUUAGUUGAAGUCAAAUGGCAUUUAUGGAGGCUUCGUUUGCGGUCUGUGCUUUAUUUAAAAAAUGGACGGAAUUUCCUGUGUAGUAUAUCCGAUUUGUGAUCAGACCAACAUAUCUAUGAUACACAAGACACGCACUGCCUAAGUGAUUGCUUUACACGUUCUAGACAGCUGUGUAACCCGCAGCCAGAUUGACACAACCUCGGACGGCUGACUGUAACACCACCGGUUCGAAGCGACAGUGCCUUUAAUUCUUCCCUAUCAAUGUCUCGUGUGAGGAUUUGAAGUCAGUCAGUCAGCUACAACGUAGGACCAGGCAUAUAUAUGCAUCGGUUCAAGUUGCCAUACCCCAUUAACACAACAAGAUGGACACCAGAUUCAUAAAAGUAGUUAAUUCAGAGGUGGUAAUAUAUACAAGAAAGAUUGCAAUAUGGAUAUAGUACAGGAAGAAAGAAUUAGUUCGUAGAAAGAUAUGAAGCGAUUUUAAUCUCUUAGUUUAAGGGAAGACAGAGAGUGUAUAUACCGACGCCAUUGUGAUCGAUUCUGAGGCAUGUCACCAAGAGUCUCCAACCAUUGGUUACGAUAGUCACGCAGACCCCAACCAAGUAGUCUGCAUCUACCAACAUGGAUCAAACCAGAAGUAAGUGACUUCAAGCACUGAUGCCACGUUUUGGUUUGGCCGCCCCUAACUUUCUUCCAACCAUCUCGAACACCUGUCAGCAUUGCACGUCGUGGUAAUCGGUGUUCGGGCAUACGUAACACGUGGCCCAACCAUCUCAGUCGAUGAAGUUUCACAACCUCAUCAACUGAUUUACCAUCAUUCCCUAAUACCCUGCGUCUAACCUUCCUAUUACUUACCCGGUGAUCCCAGCAGACGCCAGCAAUAUUUCUAAGGCAUCUGUGGUCAAAUACUAGUGGCUUACGAGUGUCUUCUACUCUUAAUGGCCCUGUUUCGCUGCUGUAAAUUAAAACAGAACGGACUGCCGCACAGUAUACUCGUCCUUUUGUUGAUAGACGGAUAUCUCGCCUUCGCCAAAGGUGACGUAAGUCGGCAAAAGCCAAGCGAGCUUUUCGAAUCCGUGCUGAGAUGUCGUCAGACACCAACCCAUUAGGGCUGAUCAGACCUCCAAGAUAAGUGAAGUUGUCAACGUGUUCGACUAAUUCACUCCCUAUCCUUAGUUCAGGUGUUGACGCAGACCAGUCCUGAAGCAACAAGUUGCAUUUAGAGGGGGAGAAACUCAUCCCAAAAAUCCUGGCAUUGUUGCUUAGUGCUAUCAAAAGGCUCUGCAUUUUAUCAGAGUACUCAUCAAACAGGACUAUGUCAUCUGCGUAUUCUAAGUCGAUAAGUGGACCUCCUGGAAGGAGAUCAAUACCCGAGAACUCAGUCGACGAGAAUGUUAUUUCCAUCUCUGUGCUAAUGUAGUAUGGCAACUCGAACUGAUCUACGUAUGUACGAAGUUCUACGUUGUUACUGACUGAUCGACUAUUUCCAUCAGUAGGUCUAUGAUGAAGUUAAACAACAAUGGAGAAAGUGGACAGCCUUGACGGACACUACUUGAAGUUGCAAAAGCAGAUGACAGUUCGCCAUAAGCUCUGACUCGAUUAGUAGUAUUCAAGCAAAGAGCCUUCACAAGGUUUAUAUACUUCUGAUGUACGCAUUUCAAUGACACACUGCCACAGGAUCUCGCGGUAUACGGAGUCAAAUGCUGCUUUCAAGUCAAGAAAGACCACCAUUGUCGGACGCCGAUAAGUAUGCCUGUGUUCCAGAACCUGACGAAUGGUGAAUAUGUGGUCGAUGCAGCCACGACCAGGUCUGAAGCCAGC